AGCUGGGUCACAGCAAAACCCCUUGUUUGGAACUGCCAGUCUGGGAUUGGAAAUGGAGUCCCAACGGUCCCAGGCCAAGGCUGUUGGGCAGCGCCUCCUCCAGGCUGAGACCCCAGGGAAGAAUGGGCUCAGGGCUGUGUCCAGCGGCCAAGGGGGAAGAGCGCUCCACUGGUUCACCACUGUGGUCCUGAACGCCGCCUUCCUAGGGAUGGGAGUGGGCGCUGCUGUGCUAGGACCCACUUUUCCAGACCUGGCACGAAAUGUGAACCGGAACAUCAGCAGCCUAUCGGAAAUAUUCGUGGGCCGGGCCCUCGGCUACUUGGGCGGCUCUGUGGUCGGCGGGGUGCUUUUCGACUGCAUGAAUCACUUCUUACUUUUGGGGCUGUCAAACCUGUUCACCUCGGCUGGCUUUUACCUGAUCCCAUUUUGUAAGACAGCUGUCUUACUGACUGCCAUAAUGUCUGUCACUAGCAUCUCAUUUGGCAUUCUGGAUACAGGUGGCAAUGUUCUCAUCUUGAACCUUUGGGGGGACAAAGCAGCCCCACACAUGCAGGCCUUGCACUUCAGUUUCGCCUUGGGUGCCUUCCUGUCUCCUCUGCUGGCUAAAUUGGCCUGGGGUACGACAGCGUCCACUCAGAACUACACAGAGCCCGACUUUGAGCGUUCAGCCUUGAACCGAUCCUCUGCAGGUACCUCAUACUCUAUGGUUGCGGUACCCGAGGACAAGAAUCUGCUGUGGACAUACGCUUCCAUCGGCACCUAUAUCCUAGAAGUUUCUGUCUUUCUGCUUGCUCCAUUCUUUAAGAAAAGCUCAAAACAGAAAAAAUCCACGGCAUCUGAUCAGGGAGCUCGAAGAGCUAAGUACCACUGGGCCCUGCUCUGUCUCCUCUUCAUCUUCUUCUUUUUUUAUGUUGGAGCCGAGGUGACCUACAGCUCUUUCCUAUUCUCCUUCGCCACCGCCCAUGUUGGCAUGAAAGAAACUGAAGCAGCUGGUUUGAACUCCAUCUUCUGGGGGACAUUUGCGGCCUGCAGGGGCCUGGCCAUCUUCUUUGCAACAUUGUUACAGCCUGGAACCAUGAUUGUGUUGUGAAACAUUGGCAGCCUUGUCUCAUCUUUGUUUCUGGUGCUUUUUGACAAGAGCCCCCUUUGUCUCUGGAUCGCGACUUCUGUGUAUGGAGCCUCAAUGGCAGCCACAUUUCCCAGUGGCAUUUCCUGGAUUGAGCAGUACACCAGCCUAAGCGGGAGAUCUACGGCAUUUAUUCUGGUCGGUGCAGCCCUGGGACUGAUGGCGACUCCUGCACUGUCUGGAAUUCUGCAAGGACUCUACCCAGAUCUACCAAUAAUUCUGUACACUUGACUGGGGUCAACAGUAUUCAUGACUGUUUUAAUUCCUGGGAUGUAUAAAUUAGCCACCUUACCUCAGAAGCAGAAGGAAAGCACCAACAGUGAGGACCAGACAUUUUUACCUUCUAGCUCUCGGGAACAAGGAAGAAAAUGCAAAGAUGAAGAAAAAUGCAAUUAAAUGGGAAAAGCAAGAGCGGGGACCAGAAGACUCUGCUUUGUAGCUCUGAGAUAAACAAGGAAGCUAAAUGAAGAUGGAAAGGGGGCAGGUGUGUCCAAUGGAAUUUGAAGUGGUUGACAUCAAGAAUGGGGCAUCCUUUGAAAGAAAUAGAAUAGAAAUGUUUUUAUAUAACCCAUAGCUGAGGUCUCUGAGCACUCUCCUGGAAUGUUCUACAGCCUGCAUCCUCCCCAGGUAACGGGGAUGAUUCAGUUGAGAAUCACCAGGACAGAGGGACUAAGAGAGAAAACAAGCUGGUGACUGAAUGACUUCUAAGGAGCUUGUCAGAGCCGAGCUCUAAAUGUUCAGCAUAUUUCAGGGAACCCAACCCGGGUCCAUUUAUAGCCAGUGGUGGCACCAUGAAAGGAUUGAUUCUCAGGGUCUCCCAUAAAUUCCCAGGUGAUCUUGUUCCGGGCCUCAGGUUUAGCAGGAAAGUGAUUAAUAUGUUAUGAACCCCACCUUUCAAAGAGUUCAUAGAAGACGUCUGUUUGUGUUUCAUUCUUUUGAGACAGGGUAUUUCUGUGUAGCCCAGUCUGGUCUCAAAUUCA